ACUCGCAGUGCAGCUGUAGCCGAUGGGUCCUGGUAAACAUUGACUUGCAGAGUCACAUACGAAGCAACAUCAUGGAGAUCGGUGCAGGGAGACUGUUGUGGGAGUGCCUUGUGGCCCUAGCGGUCAUCGUGCCGACUCUGAUUGUCGGAGCCAUCUCAGUGCUGGUCCUGUAUCUCGUCUAUCAGCACAGGAGAUUUGCUAACAUACCUAGCCCACCGAGGAAAGACUUCUUCACUGGACAUGCCAGACUGGUAAUGGAAACGAUCAAUAAAGGCUCAUCAUUUUCAGACUUCGUUGUGGAGCAGAUGAGAAUCUACGGCAGCAUAUUUCAUCUCUUCAUGUUCACCAAACCCUCUAUCAUCUGUCUGGAUCCUAGCUGUACUAAGCAAAUCCUGCAUUCUACGACUCAUUUCAAACCACCAGCCGAGGUGCAGUUUUUCUGGAAUGUGUACGGUCAGCGAUACCUACACCACGGGCUUCUCACCGAGUCUAACGUCACCAAACACAUGAAGCGAAGGGCGCUCUUUGAUCCCGCUUUCCACAGAAAAUACCUGAAGAAUUUGAUCUCAUCUUUCAACAAAAGCGCCAAUGUACUUAUUGACAAGCUGGCUAAGGUUGCAGACGGAAAGACCGAGGUUCUCAUGUUGGACGAGUUCAACAAAUUUACCCUCGAUGUCCUCGCAAAGGUGGCAUUCGGUUUGGAUCUUCUGGAGGACAAAGGGUUCAACAAGGCCAUUUGCAAAUCACUGGUUGGAGUUGAGAUUUGCUUCUACAAGCCAUGGAUUCAGUGGAGUCCCUUGGCCUCCGAUCGCAAGUUCAGGCAGGAGUGUCGUGAGAGUGUCCGACUGAUCCGCGAGACGGGACGCCAGUGCGUUCAGGAUCGGAUCGACGCCAAGAAGAGAGGAGAGCCAAUCCCCAACGACAUACUGACCUAUAUUCUGCAGCAGUCAGACGACUUGCAAGGGGACGAGGACUUCAAUAUGGAAAACAUGCUGGAUGAAUUCUGCACGUUCUUCAUUGCUGGUCAAGAAACUACGGCUAAUCUGAUGGCGUUUAUGCUGGUCGAACUGGGACACCAUCCCGAUGUGAUGCACAGAUUGCAAACAGAGGCCAAAGCUGUUCUUGGAGAUAGUGACUAUGUCAAGUUCGAAGACCUCGGGAAACUGGAGUAUAUGAUGUUGGUAAUCAAGGAAACUUUGAGACUGUGGCCGCCCGUAAUUGGGACGAGUCGUCAAUUGGCCCACGAGGAGACACUGCUUGGCUACAAGAUACCUGCUGGCACCCCUGUAUGGCUCAAUACUUACACCAUGGGAAGAAAUGAAAAGUACUUUCCCGAUCAUCUCGACUUCAAUCCUGACCGAUUUAUCGAUACUGGGGAGGACAGGCACCUUUUCACUCACUUCCCUUUCUCAAUGGGUAUAAGGUCCUGCAUCGGCCAACAGUUUGCGUUGAUUGAGGCACGACUGAUCAUGAGCCGACUGCUGCAGACGUUCAACUUUCGUCUGGUUCCCGGCCAACCUAGGGGCGAUGUCCUGCAGGAGAUUCUGAUCAAACCCAAAGGACGCUGCAAGAACUACAUCACUCUCGCCGAAUAAGUUGACAUUUAGGGUAGGUCCGUGAUUAAGAGAAGCAAAUCUCAUGUCAUCAGUAAUUAUUGUGACAGUCAACGAAGCUUGCUGUACGCAAGCGCAAUAGACAAUGUACAUGUUUAUAGUUGAUUUCCGUUAAAAAAAUAUUUUUGUUUCAGAAGAAUGGCAUUGUCACGUUUCAGUCAAUGAAUACAAUUCACAAGCACCAGGCCCCACCCGUGUGACGUAAUAUUUUCAAAGAAAUAGGAAUGCGUUUGUGACAGUUUCCUUGAAUAGCUUGUGACUUGACUUGAGACUGGAUAGUGACUGACUUGACAAUACUACGAAUGCAGGAUAUUUGCAUUAUAGACCGUAUCACACCUGUUACCGUAGUGAAUGCUGUGGUCACGUGAUGUCGACUUCGCCUUAUCUAGUCUGCUAGGCACGUAUAUCUUUUGAAAUAUAGGUGGUAAAAAAUUGUUGACAUUAUCUGUGUGGGCAAAGUGACAGGAGAAAGAUGCCUAUUGCCUAUAUACGGGCAUACGUCUUAUAUGACAUGGCCUAUACCAGGGGAAAAAAAUAACGAGACAGGUGGAUUCAAGCGAGGAUUUCCCCUAUUGAUGUAUUUUUCUCAAAUUGAAUGGUCUGCGUACGAGGCGGGAGAUAUAAACGGCGUACUAAGUGGCUUCAUUAAGUAAUCGUUUAGUGACAAUUUGAACCAAAAAUGUAAAAAUAAUGUUAAUAUUAUUUUUCAUUAUCAAUAUUGCAUAUCAGCAAUAAUCAUCACAUCUUUUAAUGAACGAUGCAGCAGCAGAUGUAAAAAAAAAAAUGCAUUUUCUCCCAUUAUUUUGUAAAUGUGUAAACACCGUCAAAACAAGAAUGUUUACUGAUCUUCAAAGAACGCGUCAUAAUUCUUGAAAAUUUCCCGUACAGCGUAACAGUUCUUGCUUUUGCGUAUUAAAGUAGUUACUCCAAUUUCAAACAGUUAAGGCCUUCUUUAAUCGAAAAAAGAUAAAAGUUGUUUUUACACAAAUCCACAUGGAAAUUAAAGGCCAAGAUACAUUGUAAUUAGAUUAGUAACUGUGAGGGUAACUUCGUGUAAAACAUUGAAGUUUCCACAUUAGUUUGAGACAAUUUGUACAUCAGUGUCUUAACCCAAAUGGGGUCAUCAAACUAAUUUCACACUUAAAAACAAAUUUCUCAAUCACCUUUUUCUGUUUUGAGUACACGUAUUUCUAAAAAUUCACAUCAAUUUACCUUUUGCAGUGGCAGUGCUUUUGGGCCAGUUGCACCCAAAAAUCCUGUACAUAAUCCAAUGACACUGGGCGUUUUAAAGAAUUCUUCGUAAUCACCCAUAAGUAUUUGCUUUCAGAUUUCGUUUGUGGCAAUUAAAAUCUGGCUGGAUAUGGGCCUUUUCUAUAUACGAUGGACCAGGAUUUAUGUGUUAUACAUGUAGACUACUCGGAAAAUAACGUUACUCCUAUUUUUAAGAGUAUUGCUGUUCUACUCCAUUUAAUGAUCACCUGUACAGUUUUGUUGUGAAAUUGAAGUAACAAACAUAAUAAAGAUCAGUUUGUUUAUGGAAAUAAAUGGCGUGAAUACUUUACAAUCCUCGUUUAUUUUGUUUAAUAAUAAUUAUCCCUCCAUAGAAUUAAAUUGAGAUGACAACCUGUACGUAUUUCAUUACAAUCAAAUGUUAUGUAUUUUAAUAAAUUCCCUUACAUUGCUUUCAAACUAUAAUGCUUUUCGUUAGAACAUAAGUGACAACUAUGAUUGAGACGUUGUUGAGAUAUUUUUAAAACGAUAUCAGUAAUGGGGUUAAGGAAACUAUAAGACGGAGUUUGUUGUAAUACGCUUUAUAAAAAAAGUUAUUUACAAAGCAACAAGGAGUGUUUUCACGGAAUUAUGAAUUCCCUUCUCAAGCUAUGACACAUGAUCAGUUAAUGUCUUCCUGAAGUUAUAAGCUUCAUUUGUAAUUAAUUCAUGAAUGAAGAGAAAUUAAAAUAUAAAACUCUGAUUGAUUGCCUUACAAAGGAGUGUUUGCAUUGAUAUUUUUACGCUGAUGAAGGCUUUCCCAUAAUCAGAAAUGUGUUUCGAUUUUCGUCAGAAUUUGUUUUUAAAUAUCCGACUUCAUUAUAGUGUUACAUUUUUGUUCGCUUCAAAUUUCUUACGACUUUGGUAUUAUCACCACCCUCAGAAUCCCGAAAUUUAUUUUGUUCUACAACUAGCUUUUGUCACUCACUAUACUAAAGCACGGUAUAUCUCAAGUGAUUAAAGGAUUAUAUCAAGUAAUUUAAGGGGUUUUUAAUGAGGUUUUUUGUUUGACGACAAUUUGGAGUGAUGUGGUAUAGAAGUUGACAGGUUCCCCUUAUAUGCGAUUUUUCCCUUUAAUGUAAACAAGUCCUAUACAAAAUGAAACAAUUUCACAUUUUCUGAUCGCUUUUCCAUUGACAGUUAUAUGUAUAGGCCAAUCCGGGCACGCUAUCAAUUCCCUCACAAAGGCCCCCUCAAAUGGCGAUAGCACUGUGUAUGGCUAUUGUCUAGAUAAUCCGACGCCAGACAGUUGCUUUGUGCAAUAGGCUAGCGUGCACAAUGGUUUCGCCAUUGAAGGGGGCUCGUGAGAUUAUAAAGUGAAUACCUGCCCGGAUUCGUCGAUACAUGUACAUGCCUUGUGAUAAGUAAAUAAACUUGGUUGAAGAAGAAA